UAACCGUGACGAUGGUGGAUGAGAAGAAAGCGCAGGCAACUUCCAAGAAGGGCGCCAAGAAAGUCAUCAAGAAGGCGCCAGCGAAAGGCGGUAAGAAGAGGAGAAAGUCCAGGAAAGAAAGUUACGCCAUCUAUAUCUACAAAGUGAUGAAGCAGGUUCACCCCGACACCGGCAUCUCUUCCAGGGCCAUGAGUAUCAUGAACUCGUUCGUCAACGAUAUUUUUGAGCGUAUCGCGGGGGAGGCUUCCCGCUUGGCCCAUUACAACAAGCGCAGCACCAUCAGCUCCCGGGAGAUCCAGACCGCGGUGCGGCUGCUGCUGCCCGGGGAGCUGGCCAAGCACGCCGUGUCGGAGGGUACAAAGGCGGUGACCAAGUACACCAGCUCCAAGUGAGACACCACAUUGUGCUGAAAAAACACAUCCAAAACCCAACGGCUCUUUUCAGAGCCACCCACAACUUCGCUGAAACAGCUGAACCAAUUUUCUGCAAAUGAUUUUCGAUAGGAACUGCAGUGAUGGCGAGAAGCAGAAGAGAUGGGAGUAGGAAGAAAACCGGGAAUUUUGGAAGGAAACAGGACAGAUGGAUUUCAACCCAAGGAGGAAUGGAAGUGCGUGUGGCCAGCAUUUAC